CCUCCGCCAAGAAAGCGGAGGAGAAAAGCAAAUGGCGGAGGAGCCCAAUUCCAAACCUGGCUCCGGCGGCUUCUCAUCGGCCGUGAACGGCGGAAGAACUGUGGAAGAAUGCCAGGACAUGAUUGGAAGAAGCCUCCGAAUUCCAAUGGUAAAAUUUUUGAAGGAACACAUGGAGAAAGCAGGUUGCAGGAUAGGUGACAAGUUCAUAAAGGCCGUUCAUUGCGACAAGCAGAUCAGUGGCGGUUAUGUCCGUGGUGAAGGGAUAAUUGUGUGUAGUAAUCACAUGAACAUCCAAGAUGAGGUCAACCAAGUAGUGAUCCAUGAGCUCAUUCAUGCAUAUGAUGACUGUCGUGCUGCGAACUUGGAUUGGUCUAACUGUGCUCAUCAUGCUUGUAGUGAGAUUCGAGCGGGCCAUCUUAGUGGUGAUUGUCACUAUAAACGAGAAUUGCUGCGGGGUUUUAUGAAAAUACGAGGUCAUGAACAGGAUUGUGUGAGAAGAAGAGUUAUGAAAUCAGUGAUUGCUAACCCUUACUGCUCAGAAGUGGCAGCGAAGGAUGCCAUGGAAGCUGUCUGGGAUGUGUGCUACAAUGAUACUAAACCCUUUGACAGAGCUCCUUGAUACACGGUAUUCACCGUGUGCCUGUCAAAGCAAAACCAUCUGGUACUCCAAUUUUCCCACCAAAAUGGCCACUAAUUUGUCAUUGAUUGCUUUUCAAGAAGGAAGACUAUGUCCACACCAUAUCUAUUUCAGGGAUUAUUAUGAUACGAUUCAACCAAAAGGUGCAAUUUUUUUUAAAAAUAUUUUUCAUGUAUCAAUGAUUGCCAUACAAAUGCAUGAACAGAGAGGUUCUUGCCAUUCUUGAGGCAGUGUCUCGAUUGUAAACCAAAGCCAAUGGCUAUUCAGUGAGACUACAUUUGAAUAACAAAUUCUUUGUUUUUCUUUUAGGUUAUUUGAAGUAAAAUAAACUGGUUGUAUUGUUGGAUUGACAAUUUUUUUGGUUUCCUCUGGUUGGACCAUGCAUUUUUGGUUAUGAUUUAUGAGUGGGCUACAGGCUGAGUAAAGUGCAGGUCAGCAUUUUGGCAAGCACAAAAUCAAAAUCACUGCAGUUUAUAUUUCGGGUUACAUUUUUUUUGGGUUCUAUUUGGGUUGUAUAGCAUUUACUCUUUUUUAAAUCACUAGUUUAAAGGUUAAAAGGGUAAGCGACUAAGCGUGCUAUGCAUCUUUAUCGAGUGAAAUGUAGACAUGUCUUACCAGUCUGACAAAUUUAGAUUUAGAGAUUGUAUAUCAGGGCAAUGUCCGAUCUGUCAAAAUGUUGGGCCAAACCAGUCAGAUACCUGGUACCCAUUACUAGGUGGGAAAAAAGCUAUGCAUACCAAAAAUUUUAUCAAAAAAAUAUUUUUAUCAAAUAAGUUGUUAGUUUUAUAUUACUGUUAUAUCCAUGAAU